GGGUUCUACUGCUAAAGCUGGUUCGAACCUUCUGCUCUCUCUUUCUCUCUCGCGGCCUUUCUUCUCUCUAAGAAAAUAUUCUGGAAACGUAAUUCUCUUUGAAAGUAAGAUGGCGCCUGUAGAAGAUGAUAAGAAAACCAAGGAGGAAACUAAUGUUCAGGUUCUGAGCGAUGACGACGACGACAGUGAAGUGAAAGAAACAAACGAAGGUGGAGAAGAAGUUACCGGAGACGACGAUGAAGAAUUCGACGGUGGAGAAGAAGACGAUGACGAUGAUGAUGAUGACGAUGAAGAAGACGAUGACGACGAUGAAGAAGAGGAGGAUCUUGGGACAGAGUAUCUAGUUAAGCCGGUUGGUGAGGGUGAAGACGAGGAGGACGCAAGUGAUUUUAACCCGGAGGAGGAUGGUGUGGAAGAAGACAUCGAUGAAGAGGAUGACGAAGACGAUGUUGAAGAGGACUGUAGCUUGUCUGCUGGCAAAUCUGAGCCUCUGCCCAAGAGGAAGAGGGUUGCAAAGGACCAGAAUGAGCAAGGAGCUGUUACCGCUGAUGACGAUAGGCCUUCUAAACGGUAGUUUUUUAACUUCAAACUGAUCUCAAUCCAAGAAAGAAAUCGGAACUGGAUUCAAAUUUCACAGUAUUUGAAUCAUUUGGUGGGGUUUCAUGUAGUUUCUAAUUUAGUGGUAAUGUUGCUUUUGAGACAUUAUGGAUCGUUGUUUCUUUAUGUUCCCUGAGACAGCUUCAAACAAGUCAAGUUUCUUUAUC